AUGUUCGCCGCUCGUAAUCGCACUGGUGGCGCCAAAGAAGACGUCGUGGAAGAAUUGAGUGAGGACGAAGAGAGUGAUGGCGACGAAUUGGACACGUUUAUCGAAAAGGACGGAGCCACCGAGGAAGACUACGAACAGGCCAAGGCCGCGAGUGAUGCGCGAAAAGCGGCCAAGGCGGCGAGAAAGAGUGCAGGGCGAAAGUCAUCGGGCGGCGAAACCAAGGAUUGGGCAUCUCAAACCUUCGAACCGUCCGUCAUCAAGGAACAGAUGUUGACUGCGAAGGAUGACGCGAUUCGUGCGCAAGAUUUACCAGAGCGUCAGCAACUCAAGCCACGUCCCGCGCACGCGCCGACGGAUUGGGGCAUGGAAGCGAUGUGGAUUUUUGAUCGCAUCAUGGAAGAGGAAAUCACGCGAUGCAUCGCGUUAUUACUCACUCUCACUUUUGACCACCACUUGGAGAUUCCGUACAUCGUCUCGCAACGUCGCGAUGAUUUGCUGCCUCUGUUGCGAGGGCGCGCCGAGGAAGCGCGUCCGGCGCUGACUGAGGAUGGCGACAACUACCAACGACUUCUGAGACGUUUCGAUGUCAUCGAUGCCAUAAUGGAAUGGGACGAACGAUACGUGAAACUGGAACUUCGCAAGGCGAGAAUCGCGUCGGCGCUUGAACAAGCCGCGAACGAGAAGGGUGAAAGCGAGCAAGGCCACGUCGCACGCCAGUGCAUGGAAUUGGUGCGAGUCGCGUACUUGGAUAAGCACGUCGACGAUGCCGAAGCCAAGGCAAACUUGUUCUUUGCUUCACUCGAUGCAAACUCAAAGCUUCGUCGACCGGGUCGCAAGACGCAAUACGACGCGCACGUCAAGCGAGGCAUUCGCGACCUCGUCAACAUGUCUGGCCCCACCGCGGAAGCUUUCGGCGAAGCCAUCAAGAGUGGAAUCCCCAGCGAACUCAUGGCAAACUUGACGCCAGAAGAUGUUGCCAAGGUGUACUUUGACCAAGGGUAUGCGAACAGCGAUGAAGUGAUGCAGGCAUUUGUGAACGUGGCGGCGACGGAGAUUGGCGCAGAGUCCGAAGUGCGCAAAUGGUUCCGGGAUGAAUUUUUGGGCCAUGCCACCAUCACGACGCAGCCUACGCCGGAAGGCACGGAUAUCAUCGAUCCAUGGCAUCCAAUUGCUCCGGUGAAGCGCUUAUUGAAGAUGCCCGUGUACAUUCUCCAAGGUGAACAAUUCGCGCAGAUUCUCGAAGGCAAGCGUCGAGGGCUACUCAAGGUCGACAUUGGUUUCGGCGACGAGCGCUUGACCAGCGUGAUUGAGCGCAUGGAAAAAGCGUACUUGAGUGAAAGCAUGAGUGAUCUCGCGUCGACUUGGAACGAAGUACGUCGCAGAGUGAUUCGGGCCGCGCUCGAAGAGCACCUACUUCCGACGUUUUCGCGCGAGACGGCGAGUCAGCUUGCGCUAGAUGCAAGAGACGCAUUGAAUCGCGCGUGCGCUGACGGCGCAUGGAACUACAUUUGUCACGCCCCUUGGCGUCCGGCGAACACGGAAGACCAAGAUAUCGAAGUGCGCGUCGUCGCCGCCGUCUCUGGUUCGCCCGCCACAUUCGUCGCGCUCGAUUCAGCCGGCGAGCUUGUCGACUUCAUUCAAUGUCAUACCCUCGGGCGCAACAUCGGCGGGCCCGGAAACGUCGGUGGCGCGCAAAUGAUGAAUCAACAGGAUGAGAUUCAAGCGCUCAUGGAUUUUAUCGUUCAACACCGUCCUCACGUGUGUUGCGUCGGCGCGAGCGGUAUGGAUUCAAAGCGCGUGAAAGAGUCGCUCAACCUUGUCGUCGGUCGCAUCAUCGAAGAGCAACCGCGCGCGAUUCCAGAAGAAGUUUCCGAAAUUGCAGUUCACUUUGUGGACGAUUCUGUCGCGAAAUUGUGCGAAAACGCGAAAGAGACCAAGGCAGAGAUGCCCGAGCAGCAGCCGUCUGUGUUGCGCGCCGUGGCGUUGGGUAGAGGUCUGCUGAACCCCGCCGCCGUGGUGGCUUCUCUCGUGAGCGGUGGCGAAGUCGCUUCGUUGAGAAUGUGUCCGCUACAAGAUUCGAUGCUGAGCAAAGACGAUCGCGUCGCCAUCGUCGAACGCCAGCUCAUAAACCUUGUGAACCAAGUCGGCGUCGACGUCAACAUGGCUAGCGCGCAUCCAUGGUGCAGCGUGUUGCUUCGUUACGUCGGUGGUCUCGGCCCUCGCAAGGCAACCUUAGUGAUAAACGCUGUGCGCACGACCGAAGGUGGCGUCGUUGACUCGCGAGAAGAUUUGAAAUCGGCUUUGGGCGAGGUUGUCUUUAGGAAUGCGGCGAGCUUCUUGCGAAUCACCGAGGCGGACAUGCUUGAUUCCACGCGUUGCCACCCCGAGCGUUACGAGCAAGCGAUGGCGAUCGUAGUGAAUGCUUUAGAACUCGAGGCCAACCUUGCGGCGAUGGAUAAGUACGAACGCGAGCGUAUCUUACAAAAAGUGUUCGAUCCGAAAACGUGGGAGCAAAAGGUGGCGCCGCUCAUCCUCGAAGAGUAUGCCGAGUAUUUGGAGUCGGAAGGCGCGGGUAAAUCUUUGGAGGCACUUCGCGAGAUUCGCAUAGAGUUCCGUCAUCCAUUUGAGGAGCUUCGUCCGCCGUGGAUGCCACUCACCGCUGAAGACGAAUUCGCUUUACUUACCGGAGAAACCAUGCACACGCUGAGCGCGGGUAAACUCAUCCAGUGUACGGUGAAGAAGAUUGAAGGUCCUCGUGAUGGCCGAGGCGCACGCGCCGUCUGUACACUCGACAGUGGCCUCACUGGUUACGUCGAAAAGUACGACGUGAGCGACGAUCAAAGCUUCAGCCGCAUCGAAGAAAAAGUCGCCCUCGGUCAAGUCAUCACGGCGCGCGUCAAGCCGGACGGCGUCGACGUGCACAACUUUUCCGUCCAACUCGCGUGCAGUUCUUCGGCGCUGCAUCCCGAUGAGACGCUCCAGUGGGAGCAACACUUGCAUUACACGGAAGCAAACGGUUACUACAGCAUGGUGAAGCAGCCGGGCGAGGUGCGAUUGAAGAAGCAAAAGUCGAAGAAGGAUAUGCAAAAGAGAACCUUCGUGCCGCGUAACAUCGAUCACCCCAACUUCCAAAACGUCAGUUGGGCAGAAGCCGUGGAACGACUCGAUACCGCGGACAUCGGAGAAGUCAUCAUUCGUCCGAGUGGAAGAGGCACGAAAAACAUCGAUUGCUCUAUCAAAGUGUACGACGGCGUUGUCUCUAACAUCAACAUCAAAGAGACAAAGAAGGACUCUGGCGUUGGCAACCUCGGUCUCGGUACUCCGCUCAUCAUCGACGACGAAGAGUACGAAGACUUGGAUGAAGUCAUGGCGAGACAUAUCGAACCGAUCGUGUCCAACGUCAAGCAUAUGCUCAAGCACCGCAAGUUUAUGCGCGGAUCGGCGGAGGACAUCGACAACGCCCUGAAACAGCAACUUGCCCGUAACCCGGGUAUCCGCCCGUACGCCCUCGGCGUAGUCGAGCAGCGAGUGAACAAAGGCAUGGUGUUGUUCUGCAUCUCAUUCAUCAUGAGUUCCAGUGGUCGUGUGCACCAUGAGUACAUUAAGGUCAUCCCCGCGGGCUUCUACUACCGCAAGAUGGAGUUCCCGUCCGUCGAUCGUAUGUUGGCCUACUUCAAAGUCAACUGCUCCAAGCCGCCCCCGGGCGCGCGCGAUAUGGACAACGGCGGAUGGAACUAAUCAGCACACACACACAAACACACACAAACACACAAAACAAAAAACCUACAUUAGUAAAUACGU